UGAUCAGGAGCAUGUAAAAGUGAGUUCUGUGCUCACUCUGGGUCUGUUGCUGGGCGGAACUGAUGUGCGCGCGCCGCUGUUUCCGGCGGGGAUAUUUUUCCGGCAGCGCGUGACUAUACAGUCAAACAUGUCGAGUUCCUACAAAAACAGGAUUCAGGAGUUCAAGGUGGCUCUGAGCGAGCAGGAGAUCGAUCUCAAGGCUUUACGUGAGCUCUGCUUCAGCGGGAUCCCGUGUGAAGGAGGCAUCCGUGCGCUCUGCUGGAAGAUCCUGCUGAACUACCUGCCGCUGGAUCAGGCAUUAUGGGAGACGUUCCUGACAAAACAGAGGGAUCUGUACGCCCAGUUUUUGCGAGAGAUGAUCAUUCAGCCGGGAAUCGCCAAGGCAAACCUGGGCGUGUCUCGAGAGGACGUGACUCUGGAGGAUCACCCUCUGAAUCCAAACCCGGACAGUCGCUGGAACACCUACUUCAAAGACAACGAGGUUCUGCUGCAGAUCGAUAAAGAUGUCAGACGCUUGUACCCAGACAUGGCGUUCUUCCAGCGGCCCACAGACUUCCCCUCUCAGCUCAUCCUGGACCCGCAGAACGAGUACGAGACGUUACGGAGACGCGUGGAGCAGACCACUCUCAAAGCCCAGACGGUGAACCGGAACCGCAGCGGCGUCACUAACGUGAGUUCUCCGGGGAAGGCGUUAAACCUGUAUCCCUCCAACGAGUACGAGGUGUUGCCGAACGGCUGUGAAGCGCACUGGGAAGUGGUCGAGCGGAUUCUCUUCAUCUACGCCAAACUCAACCCAGGCAUCGCUUACGUUCAGGGCAUGAAUGAGAUCGUGGGUCCCAUUUACUACACCUUCGCCACGGACCCCAACAACCAGUGGAAGGAGCACGCCGAGGCCGACACGUUCUUCUGCUUCACCAACCUGAUGUCCGAGAACAGAGAUAACUUCAUCAAAAGCCUGGACGACUCUCAGUGCGGCAUCACCUUCAAGAUGGAGAGCGUCUUCUCCAAACUCAAGGAGAAAGACACGGAGCUCUACAUGAAGCUGCAAGAGCAGAACAUCAAGCCGCAGUACUUCACCUUCCGCUGGCUGACGCUGCUGCUCUCUCAAGAGUUCCUGCUUCCAGACGUCAUCCGGAUCUGGGAUUCGCUCUUCUCGGAUCAGGAGCGCUUCGAGUUCCUCAUCCCCGUGUGCUGCGCCAUGCUCACACUGAUUCGAGAUCAGUUACUGGCCGGAGACUUUACAACUAACAUGAGAUUACUGCAGGAUUAUCCCAUCUCUGAUGUUCACGCCAUCCUUAUUAAAGCGAAAGAACUGCAGGAUGGUUUGUAGCAGCCACGCCCCAAUAGGCUCCGCCUCCUGCCUGA